AUGGACUUCUUCAACUCAGCUCUUGGAAAAAACAUGACUUUUGUGCGUCCUGAAUAUUUCAUCAUAAGUGGAUUUAUUGGCAUACCUAAUAUCAAUUAUUACUAUGUAUUCCUCUGCUUUGUUUACAUGGUUUCAGUGUUGGGAAACACAGCUGUGAUGGCCAUAAUAUACUUGGACCAACUGAGAACUCCCAAAUAUAUUGUAGUUUUUAAUUUAGCAUUUGUGGACCUGUGUGGUAGCUCUGCUCUGGUGCCAAAGGUUCUUGAUAUCUUUCUGUUUAACCAUCAGAACAUCCCCUACGCUGACUGCUUGGCUUUUCUUUUUUUCUGCUACACGUGCCUUUCAAUGCAGGUUCUUAAUCUAGUUGCACUGUCGUAUGACAGACUGAUAGCUAUCAUGUACCCACUGCACUAUCAAGUGAAGGUGACCCACAGGUCCAUGCUGUCUCUGAUUGUCUGUUUCUGGGUAUUUGUUAUUACUGUGACAUUUAUUGCAGUGUGCCUUCUCACAAGACUUUCCUUCUGUAAGUCUGUGGUUAUUAACAGCUAUUUCUGUGACCACGGACAGUUGUAUCGGCUGGCUUGCAAUGACUAUAAACCUAACAAUGACUUUGCUUGGUUUUUAGUAUUUCUAAUUCUUUGGCUUCCACUCUCAUUUACCAUGGAUUCAAAAAUAUCUCCAAAUGCCAGGAUCAUAAACCUGUCUCUGACCUCUGUUUUUCCUCCAAUGCUGAACCCAAUCAUUUAUGUUUUGCAGACACAAGAAAUCAAAGAAUCUAUGAAAAAAAUAUUUAAAAUCAGAAAGAAAUCCAAAAUGAUGAUAAGGAAGUAA